UGAUGCCCAGAACUCUUGAUGGCCAGAUCACCAUGGAGAAGACUCCCAGCUACUUUGUCACUAAGGAAGCACCAGCUCGCAUCUCCUCUAUGUCGAAGGACACCAAGCUCAUCGUGGUGGUGAGAGACCCAGUCACCCGAGCCAUUUCUGACUACACGCAAACCCUUUCCAAGAAGCCAGACAUCCCCAACUUUGAGAGCCUGACCUUCAAAAACAGGACUACGGGCCUGAUCGAUACCUCCUGGAGUGCCAUCCAGAUUGGUAUUUAUGCCAAGCACCUGGAAAAUUGGCUCCUGUACUUCCCCCUUGGGCAAAUCCUUUUUGUCAGUGGGGAGAGACUGAUCAGUGAUCCAGCAGGCGAGUUGGGCCGGGUCCAGGACUUUCUGGGCCUCAAGAGGAUCAUCACAGACAAACAUUUCUACUUCAACAAAACCAAGGGGUUCCCAUGCCUGAAAAAGGCCGAAGGCAGCAGCAAGCCCCACUGCCUGGGUAAAACGAAGGGAAGGACCCACCCCAACAUUGACCAGAAAGUAGUGCAGAGGCUGCGAGAAUUUUAUCGGCCGUUCAACAUGAAGUUCUACCAGAUGACUGGCCACGACUUCGGCUGGGAUUAAGGCUGGAAAAAUAGUAAUUUAAACAUAUUAAAAGGGAAAAAAUAUAUUUUUGUACAUAUCAAUAGAGAUGGAAAUCUAAUAUUUGUGCUAAAGUCUAGUGAUUCCAAUUAAUAUUUUUGUUUUAAUGCAAACAUUUAUUUACUUGCUCUGUUGUUCAGGAUUUAUGGUAUCCAGUUUCACAAAUCCAGAAGACUGCCACUUAGGUUAUGGAUAGGACUAUUGACUAUGAGACCUCACAGAGACAGACAUUUAUUUUCCAUAUGUUAUUUUUGGAGUUUUUAUAAAAUAAUUUGGUGCCUCAGUCUGUGGAUUCUAGUAUCAGUGCCCAGAUUUUUUUUUUUUUAAUAGCUUUAGUUGGUCAGGUUGGUAACCAACAUAAUCAGGAUUCAAGACAUUUUUCCAGUUUGACCUGUUCUACUUUGUCAACUCAUAUGAGCUAGAUUUAGACUUCUGCAUUGCUAAAGUGGCUCAGAACAGGUUUAUUAUGAGAGGAAAGAGUUUCAUUGUGAAAAAUAAAAUCACUAAACAUUUCAAUUCUUGUAUGCAUUACAAAAUUGUUUAUGCACCUGAUCCCCACCUGACUUAAUAAGGACAUUAGAACAGUAGCAUCUGGCAUGAAACCAGAUUUCGUCCAAAGCUACGAGGAACAGCAGAUAACUUUUUAGCUCUACUAACACAUUCUAAUUUCCUACUGAGUAACAAUACUUCUCUGUUUGUGUUACUAAAGCUAAUCUACACCCUUGGGAUCGGGUCAUUAGGCAUUUACUGAAGAGUGGUGUGAGGCCUUGUCCAAACACGUGACCCCAAAUCUAGAUGUUUUCUCAAAGAAGAUCCAAUAUCCAAACUAAUUAAGAUAAAAUAUCUUCAUUAUAAUUUGAAAGGCAUUUCAAAGCCUUAUUCGUCCACCCCUGACUCACCCACCUGUUGUCUCCAUAAAGCCUUAUAUUGGCUCAGAUUUCCCUGCCCACAGUCCAGUGACAGAUGGGCUGAGUUGAUGAGUCAACAGUAGGAAAAAGAAAGCCAAGUCAUUUUCCCUGUCAUCUCUCCCAUUUCAGCUCAAGAGGUCGUGGGGUCAUCAGUCACUACCUCCAACCAAUCAAGAUAGCUUUCUCUCUCAGCUCAGAAUGUCCCAACUCUAACCCUUUUCUGAACGUGUCUUGUGCCAUAAAACUUCUGAGUAAAUAUUUUAUAACUACCCCAACAAAGAAGGGAAAACAGCUAGGAAGUCAUUUGGAAUACCUCCAGCUUUUUUGUCUUAGGUAUUUAUGAGUUCAUGAUUCAUCCCAAAUAUGGUUAUCACCUACUGGAACAGCUAUUGUGCCUAUGACUCUAAAAGGCAAAAUAGCUGCAGCAGCAGUAUGGGCACGGCCUCUAUUAUGUUGCACUUUUUAAGCUCAAACUUCCAAGUGCCCUAGAAUGGAUGCCACACUGCAACUGUUCAGAGCACUGGGAACCACAGUGCUGUUUGAAAUACGGUUCAUCUCUCUGUUCCCCUCCCCACCCCAAAAAACUGGAUCAAUGAAAUUAUUCUCAACUAAAAUCAGAAACAAAACAGGAAACCUUUCAUAAACUUUUAUGUCUAUGUCACUUUCUGACUUGCUAACAGGUAAUGAUAUUGGCGAUUGUUUGGACCAAUUGUUCUUAGUCAUCUCUGCAUCGGAGGGAUGACAGCUUGUCCUUAAUAAGGUAGCACAGGUUGGCAAUUUAUAAAAAAAUACAGUUUACACCGCAAGAGUAAUAGCACGAGUUUGCAAUUGGUCUGGCACUUCUGUACCAAAUCCUAGACAAUUGUUUGCUGACAUGACAAUCUACAGUAAUUACAGAUUUAGAAUUACUAAGUGUCUCACUGUCUCUGUGAAUAUUUGUACCAUUGUAUCAUUCUACAUAGAAUGCAUCUUUCAAUAUUUCUGUCAAAUUCAUAGUUGCACUUUUAAGGCCAAGCUAGAAGUGACAGUGGCUGAUACAUGUCUUAUUCCAUUUCUAUCACUUUACUGGUAAAUUCUAAAGAAACACACUACAUAUUCCCAUCUCCAACACCUUAUUUCUCACUGGUCUAUUGCUCCAGGCUGUUUUCUUUCACCUCAUAGUUGGAACUAGAAAGGCUUAAAAGUUGAUGGAAUAACCAGCUGCAGAGAGGUAAUGUGCAUAUUAGACCAUUCAUUCAUUGAUUAUUAAAGUAACAUGUACCACAUUCUGAAAGCAAAGGACAAACUGGCACUCCACAUCAUCUAGCUUGGCCUAAGUUGUCUUUUUCAAGUGUAUCUCAGUUUUGUUAAAAACUCAAAGUGACGUGUAUCAAGUGAGCAUGUUUAGCUCUCAUAGUUGCAUAGUAUAUUCCAGCAAAAUAAUUUAGUGUCAAUGGAACAUAGGGCUUUACCAUAUAAGAGUCAGUAACUGUAUCUUACAGCAAAUGAAUCCCUGUUGUCCUUGUCGAGUCUGAGGUGGAUCAGUUUUGUAAUAACUGAAUAAAUCUUGUGAGUUUAUUUCCUCUCUCUAAUCUCCUUGGAUCUGGGUGAAGGUUUCCAGAUGAAAACAUGAAUUCUUUGAUGGAGCUAUCUUGGAGCAAUGUUCUCUUCUCUAGAGAUGACAGGGAGCUGAAAUGUUCUAAAAUGGGAAGAUGUAUUUUAUAAAAUUGUGAUGUUCAGUUCUUGGAGCAAUGGGAGAAUCAGAAAAUGUUCUCAAAGGGAAUACAUCCAUCUACUCACCAACAUUUAUGCCUGGAGGGUCAUCUUUAUCUAAAACAAUAUCAUAUCAGACCACUUAAAGAUAAGUACUGAUUUGUACGUUGCAAAAUACUAUAUUGUUGCUUUUUUCUGUAAUGGCUGAAUCAGGGCCUUGCUCCACUACCUGGAGUUUGCAAUGUCUUUUUCUCUGAAUGUAAACCUACAAUUUCCUUGCUGAAAAGCUAAAGGAUGCAGCUUUUCAACAUUACUCCAAGAUUGUUACUUUUUGCCCUAGCAGGAUAUACAAUAAACUCACAAGUUUGUUACUCAAUAAAAUUUCAAGUCAGGUUGUCAAGAGGCCUGAUGAAUGAAUUUCAUACUCUUCAGAAUAACUGAUACAAUAAAUGCAAAUAGAUGCAGCAUCAUUUUAUAUUUUGUGAAUUUUAUGGCUCCUUUUCCUUCAUACCAUAUGAAGUUUAUUUAUUUUAGAUAGUUAUUGCUUUAUCUCUCCUUUUCUUUCCAGCAUACAAGAUACACCAUGUAGGGUAAACUAUCUAAAGCCUGCCAAGAGAGAGAUCCAUGCCUUUUUUUAUUAAUGGGGCAGGGGGAAUUUCUUUCCUUUGUAUGUGCUAUUUUAUGUUAUUUCUUUGCAUUGUAAUCCUCUCAUUUCCUCACUCUGAUGCUAUUUCUGUAAGAGUCAAAAUACUUUUUAAAUUUAACUUAAGACUGAAGAAGCACAUAUUUUA